AGCAAACACGUGCUUCCGGUUCUCGAAAAUCUCAUUUCGGAAUUGGAACCGGAGCAGCGAGUGUUUCCACUACUGACGAGUGUGCACGAGAUCUAAGAACGCGGUGAAAAAUUAUGGCCAAUGAAGAGACCAGUGCGAGGUCGGAACAAAUGUCGCUGCCCGACGACGGAUUGUCGGCGUCCAAGUUGUUCGCCGCGGGCGACGGUCUCACCUACAAUGAUUUCAUUAUUUUGCCCGGUUACAUCGACUUCACCGCCGACGAGGUGGAUCUGCUGUCGCCGUUGACCAGAAAGAUCACGCUCAAGGCACCGCUAGUGUCUUCCCCAAUGGACACCGUCACCGAAUCGGACAUGGCAAUCGCGAUGGCCCUGUCCGGCGGUAUCGGGAUCAUACAUCACAACUGCACCCCUGAAUAUCAAGCCAAUGAAGUGCACAAGGUAAAGAAAUACAAGCAUGGCUUCAUUAGGGAUCCGCUUGUGUUGGCGCCACAUCACACGAUCAAUGAUGUUUUAAAUGUGAAGACUGAACACGGUUUCAGCGGAGUUCCUGUCACGGACACGGGUAAAGUAGGUGGUAAAUUGUUAGGCAUUGUCACAUCUAGGGAUAUUGAUUUUCUUGAGCACUUGCCUGAUUAUCAAAGUAAAACGCUUAGCUCAAUAAUGACGACUCUGAAAGAUCUCAUCACCGCACCGGCGGGAGUCACGCUGCCGGAAGCGAAUGUAAUACUGGAGAAAUCUAAGAAGGGAAAGUUGCCUAUAAUAAACGAACGUGGCGAACUUGUGUCCCUGAUGGCGCGAACCGAUUUGAAGAAGAACCGUAGUUAUCCCAACGCUAGUAAGGAUGAGAAUAAGCAACUGCUGGUGGGAGCUGCGAUAGGAACGCGCGAGGUAGACAAACAUCGACUGGAACUGCUCGUUAACGCCGGUGUGGAUGUCGUUGUGUUGGAUUCGUCGCAGGGCAAUUCGCGAUAUCAAGUCGACAUGAUCAAGUAUAUCAAAUCCGAGUAUCCGGAUUUGCAAGUGAUCGCCGGCAACGUCGUGACCGCAACACAGGCCAAGAAUCUCAUAGAAGCGGGCGCGGACGCGUUGCGCGUCGGAAUGGGUUCGGGUUCCAUCUGCAUAACGCAAGAGGUGAUGGCCGUGGGACGGCCGCAGGCGACGGCGGUUUACAAGGUUUCCGAAUACGCGAGAAAAUUCGGAAUACCGGUCAUAGCGGACGGCGGUAUUCAGUCUAUCGGACAUAUCAUCAAGGGUCUCAGUUUAGGAGCAAGUACAGUCAUGAUGGGCUCUUUAUUGGCCGGAACGUCCGAGGCCCCGGGCGAGUACUUCUUCAGCGAUGGCGUACGUCUGAAAAAAUACAGAGGAAUGGGCUCGUUGGAAGCAAUGGAUAGAAAAGACGCCAAGGGCUCGGCCAUGGAUAGAUAUUUUCACAACGAAAUGGACAAACUGAAGGUGGCGCAAGGUGUGAGUGGAUCGAUUGUCGAUAAGGGAUCCGUUCUCAAAUUUCUUCCGUAUUUAACGUGCGGCAUCAAGCACGGUUGCCAGGACAUCGGAGCAAAGUCGCUCGGCAUUCUGCGAUCCAUGAUGUACAACGGGGAAUUGAAGUUUGAGAGAAGAACGCACUCGGCGCAACUGGAAGGCAAUGUGCACAGUUUGUUCUCUUAUGAGAAGAGACUUUACUAAUUUAACGACGAGAAAUACUCGCGGGACAUACUUACGUCAUGUGGACAGGUACCUGCAUUUAAUUAGAAAAGAAUUCAGAUUGCGUAAACAACAAACUACAAAAGGAGGAGCUUUCCAUUUAACGUAUCGACUUGAUUUACAUUCAAGUCACGCCAAUUCUGUAUGACAAAGUAAAAAUAUAAAUUUUUUUUUCUGCGCAGAAUUUAAUGCGUAUAUAAAUGUUAUAUGUUUUCGAUUUGUGUGAAACACAUUCAAAUACUUUUCUCAGAUCGUUAUUUCUGUAAGAUAUUACAUGUGUAUAGGUACGUAUAUACAGAAAGAUUAAGAUUUUACAAACAUAAUACAUCCAAGUAUAUUU